CGAGAAACGGGUGUUAUAUACUGAUUUUUACAUCUUUGUAUCAUUGACGAAUCAUCAGAUCAUCGCCGUUUACACUUUGAGAGGGUGUCAGUAUUCACUCAUUCAAGAAAGUACUUACAUGUCACUCUGUACAGGAAAUGUUCGCACAGUUACAUACGUCUUGAAUCAGGUUAGAAUUCUACGGUAUCCAAGCAAUCGUCUUCCUGAAGCUGCAUCGGCUGUCCUGUUAUGCACAAAAAUAUUUCAGAGAAAUUGAUUAGCAUGUAUGCUGUUCUCCAUGAUCUUGGCUAAAUAUACGUACGUUUAUAUCUCAGAGGAUAUUUCCUGGUUGAACCACAUGUACUCUGUCCUCCUGUAUGGGAAACGGUAUUCAUGGUCAUCCAUCUUGCACAAAUGUGUCACUGUACACAGUAGGUGUAACAUGUGGCGGUCACAAAUUGUGCUCAGCCAUUGUGUGGCAAAGAAGGUGAUACCGUCACAUGUGAACCCAGCUUAAAUUGACAAUGGAAUGAUUACUCUUCAACAUUGAUGAAAGUCAAGUUACACGGUGAUAUUGCCUGCCCGGUACUUGUCGGUGAACCACAUGUAUACGUGCCCAUGUGUUUUGAAUGCACAUGCAUUUAGCAUCUUACAGUGUUACAUGUGCAUUAAAAUUUUACGCAUGUGCUCUUGAAUCUUCGGCACAAUUCUGAGGAACGGAAGUGACCACUGUGACCCACACUACAGUUGUGUGCCUUUUUGGACAAUUGGAUGAAUUAACAUGGCCAACGAAAUACAAGAGAUAUGUCGCAUAUCGGAGAUGCUAAAACGAUCGCAGAACAAGCGGAAACUGGCUCCCGUCAACUUCAGACAGAGGGUAUUUAUUUUGACGAGAAACGACAUUUCUUACUAUGAAGGAACAAAAGAGAAACAAGGCAAAGAGAAAGGCCGCAUAAACUUCAGUAAUAUCAAGGUUGUGGAGGAGGUUGAUGAUUCUGCCCUGGAGAAGCCCAAUGGUAUUCAGAUAUCUUAUGAUGAUUACACAUUAUACUUCUUUGCGUCGACUAAACAAGAGCAGAAAGAAUGGUUAAGUGAUUUACAAAUAGCUUGCAAAAAUAAUGUAACCUUGCAGAACCGAUUUCACUCGGGCGUCCACAACACAAAGUGGUGGACGUGCUGUGAGCAGAAACACAUGGGAGCUCCAGGCUGUAAGGAUUCCUUCAAACACAGAGUCCAACCAGUUGCACAACCCCCAACACCAAGAAUAGCUCCCAAUAACAGCAGCAGUCUUCCCACUCACGCCCUCCGGCAACAGGGCCCUGCCAACGGCCAGCUGGGGGCCAAGCAGAGAGGCUACCACAGCACCAACGCUGUGACCCACAACCACCUUCCCAACCCUGCCACUUCCAUGUCUUUGCAAACCUCCCCAGCUUUGACGCAGCCCCAUCAGCUGAACAGAUCUCACCUCCCGCUUCCCAGACCACCUCCUGUGGUUCCAAAGAAAGAAGAUUUGAUCGUCAUUGCCAAGUUUGACUAUGAACCCAUGGAGGAGGUGGAUAUCCCACUGGUCCGAGGAGAUGAAUACACCAUCAUUGAUAACAGCAGGGAAUACUGGUGGAAGGCCAGAAACAAAUACGGAAAUGUGGGGUAUAUUCCCAGCAACUAUGUCGAGGAGAAGAGCAAAUUCGCAUCAGGCUUAGAAAAAUUUGAGUGGUACAGCGGUAAGUGGAAUCGACAACGCACUGAGCAGGAGCUGAAGGCUGAAGGCAAGGAAGGCUGCUUCAUGGUUCGAAACUCCAGCACCAAGGGACUGUAUACGCUCUCUGUCCUCACCAAAGCCAUGAUGCACGGACGUGAUGACUCUGUCAGCCACUAUCACAUCAAACAGACCGCAGAAAACCAGUACUACGUCUCUGAGAAGCACUGCUUUAACUCAAUACCCGAGCUCAUUGAGUACCACCAGCACAACAGUGGGGGUUUGGUAACCAGACUUAGAAACCCGCCGGGCCACAUUCCCCCAACCACGGCCGGUCUGGGAUCGGGCACCCAGGAGGUCAGCUGGAAGGAUCUGACCAUUCUCCGUGAGAUUGGCAGCGGGCAGUUUGGUGUGGUUAAAUUGGGCAAGACCAAAAAGCAAAACCGCUUUGUGGCCGUCAAGAUCAUGCGAGAGAACGCCAUGUCCGAAGAAGACUUCAUCGACGAGGCCAAAGUCAUGACGCAACUCCAGCAUGAGAAUCUAGUGCAGCUGUAUGGUGUGUGCAAGAAUCCCCUCUGUAUCAUAACGGAGUACAUGUCAAAAGGCUGUCUGCUGUUCCAUAUACGGAGACAUCAGGAGUUACUCCAUGAACCCCAUAUCCUCUUGGACAUGGCCAUACAAAUAUGUUCAGCCCUUGCCUAUCUAGAAAGGAAGAAAUUCAUUCACCGAGACCUGGCAGCGCGAAAUUGCUUGGUAGGAGAAAGAAACACAGUGAAAGUUGCAGACUUUGGACUUACAAGGUACGUCUUGGACGAUGAGUACACCAGCACUGGUACCAAGUUCCCUAUCAAGUGGGCACCACCAGAAGUCCUACACUUCACUAAGUUCAGUAGCAAGUCAGACGUGUGGGCCUAUGGAAUCUUGCUGUGGGAAAUAUUUUCCGGAGGCAAAACUCCCUACCCUCAGAUGAACAACGUUGAGGUAGUAGAUCAAGUCACCAGACAGCAGUAUCGCAUGGAGCAGCCAGCAAUGUGCCCAUCGUCAAUGUACAGCGUCAUGUACUACUGUUGGCACGAGAAACCAGAGAAAAGGCCGUCCUUUGCCGACUUGAUGCAGCUGCUGACGCAGUUGCAAGAUCAAGAGAGCACUGAUUUUGUACAGUGAGUUGAGGUGUUGCUCGAGGGCUACUUUUCCCUGUUCUGCAUAGCUCCAGUCAUCAAAUGUUCUCCUCUUUACAAAGAACAGAAGAAACAAUUUCUUCACCACAUACUGUUCUGGAGUUAGUCUUCCAAAAAAAGUUUGUUUUUGUAAAGUGCUAUGCAUGAAAAUGAAGGUAACCAUGUGUUAUUACAAAAUAUUGAUACUUAGGUAAGUCUUUCACAUAAUGUGAGCAGAUUUAUUUGUGUGGAUGCUUUGAUGCGUCAACUUUAAGUCCAGCCCAGGGUUCUCUUGGCAGUUGUGGUUCCUAAUGACAUUUGUAAGUUGUUUUUUGCAAGUUAAAAAAAAAUACUCAUGUUUCCUGUUCAUUGUUUUUGGAGGAAGCUCUGUUCUCUUCACCGAGAAUCAAUGCCGGAUAUGGAACAUGUAGUUUGUUACCUCUGGGAAUAUAUAAUCAGGGUUAUGUUGGCCGUCCUACCAGCCUCCUUGUGGCUGCUGUAGACCUGUAGAUAAGCACGCUGCAUAGCCAUGUCCUAGCACAGCCAAUCCUACUGCUUUGCUCGGGAGUGACGUGGGCAACUUUGUGAAUUAGCUGGUUAUACAAAAGUAUAUAACUCUCAGUGAUUUGGCCAACGUUGUGAUUCAAACAUCAAAUAUGGGAGAGUCUGCAGGCAAUUUGUCCAACAAAUAGAGACUCUAGGAUAGGAAUGAAAGUUAUCUUCAGUGGAUUCAACAUCAAGCAUCAAACCUUACCUUCCUGUUUGAGAUUUUGAGAUAAGUAGAACUUUCCUCUUUGACAAUUAGUUUUAUCAGGCAUUUUUAGAAUUGCAAAUAUUGUAGAGGUGUGUCUCCUACUGAAAAGACAUCCAAAACAAAACAGCCAAAAGCAGUUAAAAUCCCUUGACUUGCAUUAAGCAGUAUUUUCUUUUGAGGAAUCAACAGAUGUCGAAGGUCUUAUCAGUAAAAACAAAAAGUUGAGUGAUCAAAUUCAUAAAACUUGUAGCAAAACGUCCCACUUUAACCUUGAAUCUAAUGGCCUCAUUCAUAUGCUUGCCAGACACUUCUUCAACACUUACAGAGAAAAUUUGUCCCUAGCUUAUCAGUUAUCUUAUCCUUUAACCCUAACUGCCUAGGCCCUUUUGACUAGGAUUCACCCUCAAUCCUACAAAUCUUCCAACUUGGAAAAAAAUUGGAUACAGCCUCAGUCCUCCAAAAUCCUCUGAUGUUUCUUGAAUAAGUUCUCAGUGUGGAGGGGUGCCCACUGCCUCGAUCCGUCAUAAUCCUCCGGCAGUUCCUCUCAUUAUGUUGAGCUAGUGUGAAUGUCAUCCUGGAGCAGUAUUGGAGCUUUCACACGUAAUGUGGGCAUGACUUUAUGCAUGACUGAACAUUCACAACACAGGGUCUAACCCACUACCUUGAGACAGUGCAUCCUUUGCAAUCAGCAGUGCAAUUUUGCUGUGCAGCCUCAGUCCUCCAAAACCACCCACGGGAUUUUGAAGGAUUGAGGAUGGUCAGGGUUAAGGAGACUAGAGUAACACCCACUAGCAGAAUGAUAAUGCCAGAUAACUAGUCCCUCAUGACUUGGAGUCAGAGAAUUCACAGUGCAUGACAGUCACUCCUAACCAAGUAAGUAACAUUAACACAGCAGCGUUAUAGGCAGGAAACAUUGCUGGUAGAUAUUGUGCACUGUGUUUGUUUUUCCUUCAUGAAGCUCUGCAUGCUUCUGGCAGGCUGAGCCAUCAGUGCUGCAUGCUGUAUGCUCAUAUUGCAGGCACAGUUGAUAUUUUCCAAACAAGGACAGCAUUUGAAACUCAAAAAACCUUCAAUAAGAGAAAGAUUGUUUAAAAAAAUGCUUGGUGCAGAAAAUGCACAAAAAUGAGAGGAAGAGGUGAACUAAUGCAGUUUUGUCUGAGAGCAAGGAAGUGCUGGACACUUGCAAUCAGAUACGGGAAAGGGAUGUGUAAUGUCUGUGAUUUGUGAAUAUGCACGCUUCUAUGAAAACUUCUGUCUAUGGUACCUUGUUUCUCCUGCAGUUGACCCUCUCUUGGUAUGGAAUACUUACAGAGUUAGAUUGUACACUAGGUACUGUAGCUCUGAAAUUCAGGAGCCUAGGAAAAGUUUAAGGGCCUUUGAAGAUACCGCAGUGUGCUUCUCUCUUUGACCUGUCAGUGUUUAGCAAAAACUUCAAACUAGCUUGUGCACAGCUCCUCAGUACAGCUUUCAUGGCAUCAAUAUGAAAUGGUGAGGCUUCAGCUCUCCUUUGCACUGGGGCAUCAAUGUUGCGGCCUAUGACCGAGUAGGGUCUACAGAAUACUUAAUUCAGAUCAGCUUACUUACGGGUCUGGCAAGAGGGAUUAGGAGCUGUCCCCGUGCAAGUACCACUCUGAGCGAAAGGUACACGUGUUGGAUGCCUCAUGAAAUGACAGCAUGCUUUAAAUUUGCCAAACAGCAUGUGUGCCUGAAGAUUAAGAAUUCUUGGGAAGUUCAUUUGGGUGUGGGGCCGUCGCAGUGACUGCUUCUCACAUUAAUCUGAAGCAGUUUUCAUUACAUGUAUUAAUUUUGUCUGAUUUCAUUGCUGUCUUGUCUUAAAGAUGUGCAGAUAGCUGUCUUGUUAACGAGUUGAAUGUUUAAUUGCAUUGCGCAGGAUGUAAUUUUUAUUAAAAUGUUUUUGGUUUCUUUGAAAAUGUGGUUUCAGUGAGAUCACAAUGAGUGUUCCCAUGGGAGAACAGGUACUUGUCAAUUGAUCCACAGCAGUCUAUGAAACCUGAACUGCCUAAAAUUCGCGCAGCUCUUUUGGCUCAAGCACACCUAUGACUUAUUGGUUGACAUCUAUAUAUACAUUUUUUUUUUACUGCAUGGCCCAGUUCCAUGAAUUGGUAAGCACGUAAACUAUGCACCGAAAUAUUACCUGGUACAAUUUGUGUGUGACUUAAAGCUGAGAUGGGAUGCAGUUGCAUCCAUCACAUCAUGGAGCUAUUAAACACAAGGAGUAAGCAUAGAUCAAAAAGGUUCAGUGAUGGCCACCGCCAGCACUGCCAGGACAAAUCAAAUUAUACGCCGCCUGCAGGCUACAAGGAAUGCUGGGAGUUGAAUUUGCAAAGGAUUGUGGGUACCGCACACGUGUGUCCGUAAACUUCUGCACAUUCAACAUGCCCGCCAUCGAGACAGAAACCACAGUCAUCGGAGACUUAAAUUUCGAUAAUUUUAGUGAUUGUUUGAUAUCCCAAUGAUAAUGAAAGCCUGAUACAUCUUUACAUCCAAAAAACAUCUCUCUUAACUGUAAAUAGAAUUACUAACAAAACAAUUUCUCCAAAAAUACUCAAGGAAACUGAAAGAAUGUUGGUAGUCAAGAGGAAAAUGAAAAAAAAGACACAAAAACAUGGGAAGACUUGUUGUCCUUUCUGUCAUUGUCCACAACUGUUUGGGCAGGAAACCUUGCCGCGUUGUCAGCUUUCCUUUGCAUUCUUGCGGCAUGCUUGAGCCUUCUGUUUAUAGAAAUAUCGCAGUUCAUAUUUGUAGUAUAUGCUCUCUUCCAUCAGAGCCAUUGAACGUCAUAACUGACUUUAUAACCGUCGGAUUUUUACCAAAUAACCACCGUGGAAUCGGAAUUUUCAUGCGCAUCUGUAGGGAUCUUUUGCUGACUCUUUAGGACUACUGUAGAGAACUGCGCGUCUUCUUUGUGUAUCUUUUACACCAUUUACUUACUCCAGUAUGCCGCAGCGAAACACAGUGAGUCUGUGGGUUACCAGCUACCCAGCGGUGGCAAUCACUUUGUCCAAAGAAUGUCUAGGGUAAUCAACACUGCAGUCAGUGCCAGCACUUUGUCUAUGGCGCUGACCAGAGCGGUUAAUCAGAUUACAGUCUGUGGGGACUUCGAUCUAACUCCUUGUGUUUACUAGCUCCAUGGUCACAUUUACUCCUUGCCAUUCAUAUCACAAACCCUCCCUUUCCAAUUCGAUCCAAAAGCCAUUCAAAAAAGCUUUGAUACAGCUCUCCACCUACUGUUACUUUGUGACUGGGUUUAUGGAUCGACUGUGGUUUUCAUGUGACUGGAGUGGUGGAAAGAUUAGGGGUAUUUUUAUUGGACAAGAUUCGAAUAUGUUCUUUGUUUACCCGCCAGACUGUGAUGUGAACUACAUGUACAUUGUGUUCAUCUGAACUCCAGUCACUGUUCCAUUUAAUAAAUUAAUAAAUAUAUGUGCUUCUUAAUGGUGCAGAGUAAUUUUGCCUUUUGUUGUACAGAUGUUUUAAGUCCAGCAGAUAUAUGGCCAGAUGCCACAAAUGAGUCUUGAAACCAUAUAAUGAGGUAGUUGCAUUUUAGUUUGCACUAGAAAGAGCAAAACUGAGCUCUGAGUUUUGAUGUAUCACUCAGUUUGUCAUCCUGAUGAGAAAUGACAUUAUGUUGGUGAAAAAAUGUCGAGGAUUCAUAUUAAUUUACACAGUAGAGGAUUCUUUCUGAGGUCGUGACCUUGAUUUUUCUUUUGUUUUUUUGUAACUCUGGCCAAAGAAAAAUAUGAAGUUGAAGUUCUAAAACCUGUGACGGCACAACCUGAAAGCAACUUUGCUUCUCGAUUUCACAUCCAUGCCAACUUGUACCCUUUGAUAAAAGUUAAAAAACAUGUACUGAACCAUACACAGAAAUUAACAUUCCAACAUAACGGAUGAGCAUUGUUUUGGAUAUUGGUUAUGGAAAAAGUUCUUCCACUUUGCAAAAAAUGUUAUUACUCAGAGCUGCUGACAUUAUUAAUCUAAGUCCUUUUUUAAUUCAACAUGCAAUCUUUUUUAAUAAAUUGGUUUUAUUUUUGAUUUUCUUAAAUAUGUUUGUAAAUAUUGGUAUUUUCUCUCACUUUUAGACUUCCUGCUGCUUUAAUAAUGGCAUUGAUGCAAAAUCAGUAUUUUUCUUACAUCUGUUUUAAUAUACAGCUACCAACAGCCAUGCGAGUUUUAUGUUUAUAACAAAAUGUGCAAAAUUUUGAAUACAAACAUUUAUGAGUCUGGUAGUUAAAACAAUAACUUUUUCAAGAGUAUAAGGUGUUAUUGAAAGACUAGGGAUUUCAUAAGUAAUUGUUAAGCGAAUAUAUGCUAGUUUUGCUGAAAGUAAAAUUUCACACUCACAGCUGUCUAAAUAUUCAGGUUUUUUUUUUUUUGACAAAAAGGAUGUGCGUAAGCAGUUCUGUCUUUCUUAUUUAUGAGCCACCAUCUUUGGUGCUGAGAACGGAAUGUGGACAUUGAAGAUUCUAGAUCUGAUUUCUGAUAUAAUUGUCAAAUAUUCAUCCUUCAUUUUAACUAGCAGGUAAAUGGCAUUAUUAGUUUACUUGCAUUUAAAAUUUAAGAUCAUUGCAUUUAAAUUGUCUAUUUUUGUACCUGCUGGCCUGAAUGCAAAGCGUAGGUCACAUUGCUUACCAAAACCAGUGUAUAAUAACGGAGUCACAAUUUAGAUUUCUGUACAGAAUUUAAUGCCAUACUCUUGUACAGGUUUAACCUUUUUCUCCAUGUAUAAGGUGCAUACACUUUGAAACAAUAAAUAAUCAUUUGUAUCACUGUCAAUGU